CAGAAGUGAGACCCUCAUAUGUGCCCAGCGAACACGCUAGGUUAAAGCAUACCCUUUCACUCAGAACGUCCCCAGCUGCCGCAAGCAACGACGGAGAGCGAACCCCGUUUAGAGAGUUCUGAGCCCUACCCUUUCACUCAGCAACAUCCCCAGCCACCGCUAGCAAGGAUGGAGAGCGAAUCCCGUUUAGAGAGUUCUGAGCCCUGUUGUGUUCUUGUUGACGAUCGAAUGUUUUUAACAAGUGACAAGAAGGAGAAGAGUUGAAGAAUGUGGGAAUGUGUGUGUGUUUGUCCUCUUGACUCACUUACGGAGUCAUCGUGGCCUGAGCGGUGAUGCUGAUCUGAUUCUUAAAUGUUUUUAAAAAAAUUCAACAUCAAUUUGGGAGGUCUGAGGGCACUAUUCAGCACGAACAAGGCGAUCAAUCUUUUGAUGAAUCGGGUGCGUCGCAGUAUAUGGAGUUCAAGGGAAUCAAUUAGAGCUUCGUGUACAAGGCGAACGAGGGUUUGGCGAACGUGCCGAAUUCUCGCGAGGUGAUUUUCAGAGACAAGAAGCUUUCACUGAAGGAGAAGAACCAGUUGAUGAGGCUCUUCAAGCUCGUUCUGAAGCACUUGGAUGAUACUCAAGAGGAAAAAAUUUCGGAGGAGGAUCUGGAGAUUUCAUUUGUUAGUUUCUUGGAGAAGAUGAAGUUGCCGCCUGAGAUAAAAUCGUACUCACCAUUUCUGUUUCCUAUCUGACAGGGGAUUAGGUAUACUUGUUUUGAAUAAGUGAAGUUGAUCAUCAUCUUUUGCAAGGGGGAUAACUAUUUCUUUCAUAUUUCAUUGACACUGUUUGAAUAAGGAUUCUUUUGUAUCCUAUAGCCAUGGUAGAUUAUGAUCAAGACAAUAAUGAGGUUUGUAAAGAUUUACUUAAAACAAAAGAUGGAAUAGAUUGUUUAGCUCAUUACAACUCAUCUGUUGGAAGAUUUCCCAAUGCUCCUGGGGCUUUGCUAUAUCCUAUUUAUGGUGAAUGAGAAUUACCACAAGCUUUUUGUCGUCGUGCUGUUGUCAAAGGUUGCAUUUAUACUUCCUUCGUCGUUUGAUCAACUCUCAUUUUCCUGCGCAGGGUCCAAAAUUCCAGGUUUCUACUACGAAGAAACUUGACAAAGGGAAAGGAAAGCAAACUUCCUUGACUAAGAUCGACAAAGCCCCAAAGGCCGAGAAGUUGCUAAAAUAUGCCAUGAAGUCUUUUCCUCGUUCUGUUAUUGUUGCUUCCCGUCAAAAGGAUAUUGAAGUUAUUGACAUCUCCUCUUCUCGAGAUUUAUCCAAGGAACCUAACCCUAUUUUUGAUCAACCCCUGUUCGAAUCAUCUAUACCUGAGAAAGCUAUGAAUGCUUCUCAAAAAAUUUCUCCUUGUAUUGAAAGUCCACAUUUGGAUACUUCUAUCAAUGUCGAGGUGACUAACGUGGGUACUCCUAUUGCUCUCAACAUACCACAAUCAAACAUUCCUCUUGGUUUCGACACACCCCGUGGAUCUUCCCAAGGAGAUGCCCCUUCUUUUGAAGUAAAACCUGAUGUUUUGUUGGGCACAGGAGAAACCACGGCCACCCCAGAUUCCGCUCAACCUAUUACAUUUCCCCCACUGGAGAAGAAUGACCUUGAGUCAUUUAUGCCUCCUCCUAUUUUUAUACCUUCUACUGAUUUAGAUUUGAUUAGCUUCUUCAAUGACGAUGUUAAAGUAGAUAAUAUCUUUGAGGUUCUAGAGAAUUGGACAAGUGGUACAUCUGCCUCCGAGAAAGCUCCUAAGUCCGUUGCCAAUUUUCAACCCUUGCUUGAAUCGAGGUUUUGCAAAGGGAGCUUGAUACUCUUCGAGCUAAGCAAGCUACUUUAAAAACUCAAAAGUCAGGAAGUCAUUCAACAACAAAAGAAGUCUUAAAGAUGAAGGCAAGGAGAUCUCUUCGAGACUCUCGAAGACUUUGGAGCACAAGAAGCGACUGGAAACUCAAUGUGCUUCUCGAACAUAUAGUUUAGAUCAAGCCUAUCAAGCUUAUAGGAAUUUUAAGUCCAAGUUCUGUAAUAUUGAUUAAAUUUGAGAACUAUGAUUUCGACUUACUUUAUGUUA